UCUCCUCUGACUGUCAGAAACCUUCUCAGAUCCGGAACACCAUCAGGAACAUUCUGAGUUUAAAGACAGAAGAUGAAUUCAUCCAGGAGAUUAAAAACGGUUUUACUUCCGCAGUAAAUCUGCAAACUGAAGAUAAUCAGGGAAGUCGAGACGCCCCGCGAGCCAACAUGAAUGUUUGCAUAAGCUCGCACGCGCGUGUGCGUCAGGGGAGGGAGGGCGCCCCGCCCCGCCCCGGGAACAGCGCGGCAGUUAGAUGUUCUGCUCCGAGGAGGAAGAAGUUCAGCGGUGAUCGGUCCGGAGCGGGAACCGGGAAUGGAUUUAUCUGACCUGCCCGCCGCCGGCCUUACCUCCGGCUGAGGGGGGGGCGUCUGAACAGGUGAUUCCAGUGCUCCUUCCCCCCUUCCCCCGCUGCUUGUUGCCCCACGAGACUGGAGGUGAGCAUGGGGUAAAAGAGCUGACGCCCCCAGACGACUCGAGCUGAGGAGGCCUGCUCACCUGCGCAGGUGCGGUCCAGCCUUUCUGUCAUGGCGGGAGUGCGGAAGAAGCUGAAGCUGAUCAUGACGGUGACCACGGUCAACCUCUUCAUCUUCAUCCUCAUCUCCAGAAGCAGCAGCCAGGUGAAGAGCGCUCACAGCAAAGUCCACAUUCCCUCCAAGCCGUUCUGGGCCAAGCUGAGCGCCAGCCCCGCCUUCUGGAACCGCCAGCAGCAGAUCCUGGACUUCCAGAACAAUCCCGUCAUCUGGGCCAACUCCAGCGCCGCCGACCUGCCCGACUGGCUGAACGACACCAGCGCGACCUCCGACCCCUGCCGGCCUCACUUCGGGGUCACCACGCAGGUGAAGGACUACAACACGCUCCCCAGCCGCUUCAAGGACUUCCUGCUGUACAUGCGCUGCCGCUCCUACCCCGUCCUGAUGGACCAGCCGGACCUCUGCAAGGAGCCGCCGUUCCUGCUGCUCGCCGUCAAGUCGCUGGCGCCGCACUUCGACCGCCGCCAAGCCAUCCGCCAGUCGUGGGGGCGGGCGGGCGUUCUGGCCAACAGGACGGUGGUCACGGUGUUUCUCCUCGGCAACGCCACGAGCGAGGACCACCACCCCGACCUGUCGGAGAUGCUGCUCUACGAGAGCGCCAAGCACAGAGACAUGGUCCAGUGGGACUUCCGGGACUCCUUCUUCAACCUGACCGUCAAAGAGGUGCUCUUCCUGGAAUGGAUCCAGGCGCGCUGCUCCGGCGCUCGCUUCGUCUUCAAGGGGGACGACGACGUCUUCGUCAACACCUACCGGAUCGUGGACUUCCUGAAUGGCGUUUCCGGGCCCCGAGCCACAGAUCUGUUCGUGGGCGACGUCAUCACCAACGCCGGGCCGCACCGGGACAAGAAGGUCAAGUACUUCAUCCCGGAGAGCAUGUACGUGGGCUCCUACCCCCCGUAUGCCGGCGGCGGGGGGUACCUGUACUCGGGGGACAUCGCCGCUCGCCUUCACAACGUGUCCAGCCGCGUGGCGCUCUACCCCAUCGACGACGUCUACACCGGCAUGUGUCUGCGUAAGCUGGGGCUGGCCCCCGAGAAGCACAAAGGCUUCCGGACCUUCAACAUCGACGAGAAGUACCGCGCCAACCCCUGCGCCUACAAGAGCCUGAUGCUGGUGCACCCCCGCACGCCGCAGGAGAUGAUCAAGAUCUGGUCCUGGCUCAGCCGGCCGGACCUCAUCUGCCAGUGACGGGGCGGGGUUUAGGUGCCAGAGCGACGGCGCAGGAACCGCGGCAGCCUGAAGGGGGCGCCGGGGAGGCUCCACCCCUUCAGGUGUUCCAGGUGGCGUUUGGAUUUGUAUCGACGAGCUAAUCUGCUUUCCUGCUGAGUCGGCGUCUCACACUGAGUCCAAAUAUUUAUAUCACAACUAUUUAUGUGCCUGGAAGUGCUUUAACUCGUCUCUAUGCUGUAUUAGGGCGCCGGGGGGCUGGGGGGGUCUCUGCAUUUCAAACUAGAGUCCCGGAAGACGGCGGCUUCCUCAGAAGUCUUCCUCACUGCCUCAGAGGAGCGUUCCAGGCCUGGAGGGGUCCCGCCCCCUGGGGGGGUCACCCUGCUCUUUAGUCCUCCACGUCUCUCAUCCAGUGUUUGUUUUAAGGUGAAUGAUUCAUGAAGUGUUUGGGUUCAGCCCCCCCAUUUCUGUAAACCUGCUCUCCAGAGCCCCCCCUGCUGGUCGGGGAUGGGAUGAUUCCGUUUUAACUGCAGCUUCUUUAGUUUUGCUCCUUCACGCCUUCAAACCAGGAUCAGUGAACACAGGUAACGCUCCGGGGGCGGGGCUUAAACACUGAAAAUCUGCUGCAUCUCCUCACCUGAAGUGAAAACUCGUAUUUCACGGCACACUUGGUUGGCUCAAAUGUUUACAUGCCGUUCUUACUCUGUUCAUUUGUCCUCUAGAAGGAUCUCCAGCUUCAAACGUCCGUCUCUGAAGCUGGUUUGAGUUUAGACUCUGAAGGAACUAAAGAUGUUUCUUCUGAAUGUAAGACAUGAUCUGGGCUGUCGGGUUCAGAACAGAGAAAACACGAAGCUUGGUUUGGUUUGUACUGUACCUGUAAGCAUGUGUUCCUCUUUUAAAAGGGUUUCAAUAAAGGAGAUAUUUGUGCUUUUGUAUAUUCGUCUCCAUAUUUCACUAUCGGAACUGAAAACUGAUUUUAUUUAUGAGAAAAUGAGUUUAAAUAAAGGUUGAUGGAUUUGAAGACA